AUGCAAAUUCAGUUUCUGCCUAGCCGAAUCAACUGGGUGGUACAAAGUUCAGCCGUCGACUAUCUACACUGCCUGCUCGCCUGCAUGGCCUGGCUUAUCGAGGAGUACAAUCUGCCCGCCAGGCUGGCGAUAAGCAUCCAUGAUGAGGUGCGUUACCUCUGCUCUGCAGACGCGGCCAACCUCGUGGCGCUUGCUCUUCAGGUUCGUGUAUUUUGCACCCACUCCACUUUGGUGCCAUUUUCAUUGUCCCUUUGCCAUCCACUUCGUGAAGAGCAUACAACUCAAGCCCGAAAUUUUUCUUAA